UUAAAUAGUUAUGACGCAGUUGUAAUGUGCGUCCACUUUCUCUAGUUUUUCAUGACUAUUAGCUGUGACCCGGAAACGAGGUACUGUACAUUAUUACCUAACACUAAUAACAAUAAUGCCGAAUAGGCAACAAGACCCACGAGACAAUGGGGAGAUUCAUCGAUGCACCAGGUGCGAGCAAAUCCUCAGAAGCCCGGAGCCAACAUCUUGUGGGCAUAGGUUUUGUGAGCCGUGUCUAAGAGUUCUGGCAACUCGUAGAAUGCCUGGUAGACCUCUAUGCCAGAUAUGCUCAGAUGAUUGUGUAGCUGAAGAUUUCACGAAGUGUGAUUUAGCUCAAUCAAUGAACAUGCAAAGAAGUUGCUCGGCUACUUACAUGCUGAAUAGAGAGGCAUUGAAAAAAGGAUUUAGGGUUGCAAAUGAAAGUAUGCGAAACAGAGUUCGAUUAGAAGAGAUAAGUGAUGAGAUUGAGAAGAUGGAGCAGAGGGCUACAGAGCCAGGUGCUUUAUUGGAAAAAUAUGGGAUAACGCAUACAUACAAACGCAAACUACAAACAGAACUAACAUCCCUUGAAGAGAAAAUCCAAAUAUUAGAGGAUAGUCUUCGAUUAACAGAGAGUAUUUUGGAAUCGCAGGACCAAAAGAUGGUCAAGCAAGAAGAACGCCUGCGUGCAUUAGAAGAAAAUCCGCCAAGCUUUGAUGGGAAAAUGAUUUGGAAGAUAACUGGUGUUCAGCAACAUUGCGACGACGCACGUGACAACAAUGCAUCACUGACGUCUCCGUGUUUUUACACAGGCCACGAGGGGUAUAAAAUGCGCGCUAGAUUAUAUUUGAAUGGAGAUGGAAUUGGUAGUGGAAGCCAUUUGUCACUAUAUCUAAUUGUUCAGAAGAAUGACCUCGAUUUUUUGCUACCCUGGCCUUUCCAACAACAGGUUAAUUUUACUUUGCGGGAUCUGAACCACAGUGGUAAUGAUAUCGUAGCAAUGUUCAUCCCCGAUCCACCAAUUGGUCAUCAACAGUCGCCGACUAACGACGUGAUCCCUCUACCUGGCUGUCCACAGUUUAUGAAGUUAGAAGAUUUUGUGGCCGAAUACGAGCGAUACGUUAAAGAAGAUGCAAUGUACUUAGAAGUUGAAGUUGAUAAGUCAAAUAUACUUAGAUAA